AUGACGAUUCAGUUUCGCCAAUCCAAGUGCAAGCUUUUCCCUACUUUUUCUCCUCCUCCUUUGUAUCCAGGCCUCCUAAACAAGAGAACAUCGCAAUUCCAAUUGCAGUCUCCUCCCAUCUCUUUGCCCUCUUUCUUUCCACUCCACUACUCUUCUCUCAAACAUAGCCUCACAGCCAGGCCACAACUCUGCUUUCCCCCCUCCUCCAUCCCUCGGUGGGUUCACGAUACAUUCAUCAGUUAUAAACAGGCCGACACACACAACUUCGUGAGCCACCUCCAUGCUGCUCUUGAGCGGAACAAGAUAAGGGCCUUCAUCGACUACAAUCUGGAAAGAGGAGUUGAGAUCGAACCGACAAUCCUUGAGGAGAUUGAGUGGUCGAGGAGUGCCAUUGUGGUCAUCUCUCAGACCUUCGCCUCCUCGACUUGGUGUCUGGAAGAGCUGGAUAAGAUCCUCGAGUGCAAGGAAAAGAAAGGCCAGUUGGUCUUCCUCAUUUUCAUGGACGUUGACCCCAGAGAGAUGCGCGAGCAAUCCGGACCAUUCAAGCGGAUUGGCCAAAGCAAGAAGGGUUUUGGCAAGGAGAAUGCUGACAAGGUCCGGAAGUGGAGAGACGCUCUCCGCAAAGCCGGCAAUCUUACUGGCUGGCCUCUCGAAAACAGACUUGAAGCUGAAUUCAUCCAAUCCGUUGUGGAAAAAAUCUCAGGAAGAUUGAGCGGCUUAGGCACGAACCUGGUUUCUUUCCAUCCAGUUGGGUUAGAUUCUCAGCUGCAAGGCUUGUACUCAUUACUCCAAUUAGAGGUUGAGGAUGUCCGAAUCGUGGGAAUUUCCGGCACUAGCGGAAUAGGAAGGACUACACUUGUGCAAAUUCUGUACCACCAAAUUGCAAAUCAAUUUGAUCGUAGUUUUCUGGGGAACGUGAAGAAUAUAUCAAGCCAAUAUGGCCUUGUCAAAAUGCAAAAGACCCUUUUUGGUGACAUUUUCAGUGAUGGAGUUUCAGAGUUUGGCGACGAUAUUCAUGGAGCAAUAAAAUUCAUGAGGCGUAAGUUUCACAAGAAGAGGGUUUUGUUGGUGUUUGAUGACGUGGAAGGGUUGUUGGAGCCUCUGAGCAACCUAAUCAAGGCAAUGAACUUAGGCUUGGGAAGUAGAGUCAUUUUGAUCCCUCGACAUGAAGAAACAAUAAUCGGUCUAUCUGGGGAUAUCUAUAAAGUAAGAGCGAUGAAUGAUGAUCAAGCUAUUGAGCUUUUCAGUUGGAAUGCAUUCCAAGAAAGAUAUCCCAGAAGUGAUUAUGAGAUGCUCUCAAAUUGCCUCACUAGUCUUUCCAAAGGGCUUCCUUUAGUACUCAUCGUGAUGGGUUCUUUCUUGAAUGGCAAAAGUGUCAAGGAAUGGCAAGUAGCUUUUGACCGACUAAAAGAAAUCCCUCAUGGAAAUGGUCAUGAAAUAAUGAGGAUUGUUAUCGAUGGCUUAGAGGCUAAUGAGAGGACAAUUUUCCUUGACAUCGCGUGCUUUCUUCAUGGAUAUGACAAAGAAGAGAUCAUCAAAUCCUUGAGCCAAUGUAGUAUCCAUGCCAAUAGUGGAAUUGAGAUUCUAGCUCAAAAGUCGCUCAUAUACAUUGACGAAAAUAAUAAAAUAUGGAUGCAUGAUUUGCUUCAAGAAAUGGGUAGACAAAUUGUAAUUCAAGAGUGUCCAACAAACCCAAGCAAGCGAAGCAGAAUAUGGUGCCAUGAGGAUGCUUUACAAGUAGUUAGGCAACAUUCGGGAACGGAUGCCAUAGAAGGCAUUAAACUAGACAAGGUUGAUGUAGAAGACUUGAUCUUGAAUGCAGACUCGUUCAAAAAGAUGAAGAAGCUCAGGCUAUUCAUGAUGGCCGAUCAUGUCCCUCAUUGCGGACCGGCUGGACAUCUAUCGAAAAAGUUGUGGAAGCAGUUUGGCCGGACACAGAAAUAG